AUACCAAAUUCCAAAUAUCCCAAAUGAAUUGGCUGCCUCUCGACAAUACCCGUUUAACCUUCUUCAAAUGCACCCGAUGGCAACUAGAAGAAACAUUAGACAAAUUCACUUGCCCUUAUCAUUAUUACUGCGACACCGUUUACCCCGGCGAUUAUCCCCCCACCAUUGAUUUACUCGUUCUUGUCUUCACGGUGGCAACUUACGUCUCGACCCUUUUGUUCAUGCGCCGACAUAUGUCGUCUCGUGGGAAGAAUUGUUUCGAUCAACCAAAGAGGUUCCUUUUGCCAUCUGGGCCAGUUUCUCUUCCGAUUUUCCUGUUUGUAUUGACCAAAGGCCAUCGUAUCAAUACCCUUUUCCCUCUAUUUCUCAUGGGUCCUGCAAUUCUUCAAUUGGUUUACAUCUCAGCUCUCACAUUUGACAAUAAUGGAAGCGACAAGGACAUUAAGUAUGUGUUCUUUGAAGCUUCGACAAUGUCUGGGAUUCUUCAUGCGAGCUUGAAUUUGGACGCUCUGAUUAUGCCUUACUACACGGGGUUGGAUGCUUUGAUUGGGUCCAAUUUUUCUGGGGAAUGUCCAUCGUGUGUUUGUAGAAACGAGCCUUUGGUGGUUGGGGGGAAGUUUGUGUCUUACAGAGGUUGGUCGGGUACUACGUUUGUGGUUGUGUGUGCUUUGUGUACGAGGAUUGUGUGUCGGGUGUCGGGGGAGAAGGUGAAGAGAAGAGCUGUGGUUUUGAGGUGGGUGUUGGAAGGGUUGGGUUGGGCUUUCAUAACGUUGGAUUGUGUUUAUUUGAGUGGAAAUUUGGGAUUGGAGAGAAGGGAGGUGCAAGGUGUUGCUUAUGGUUGUGUGUUUGGUUUGGUGUUUGUUCAUGUGGUCAAAGUGGUGAGGAGAUGGCAGUUGAUGUCUUAUGUGGGGAAUGAUUAUGAAUUGGACCAUGUGUAAAUAUGGUGCUUUUUUUUUUU